GUAAAUUCCAGUGUUAAUGAUUUUUAAAAAUGCAGAAGAACAAAUAUAGUAAACCUAAAACUAUCGAGCCUUCAAUUAAGCCGCAUAUAUGUAAAAGGAGUUACCCACUGGAAGCACUUAAGCACAUUAGUAUGGACAGCUUCGUUAAGGAAAGGAAUAAAGUUUCUAAGAAAGAAGGACAAUUUUCAAAAUCCCCGGUCCUGACCAUUCGUCCCAUAGACAAGCAGUACACGCGUCGGCUGUCACUGUCAGAAAUGACACACUUGGACAUAAAGCCGCGCCACAGCAUCACACCGUUCCCCAGAACAAAAUCACCGAAGCAACGCAGGAUUCACAUGAGUAAACGAUAAUUAAGUUUCAUGCCUGUUUUAACUGGCAUUACUAGUAUGUGGUGGAAUUUAUCGAAUGGAUGAAUUUUCUACUAUUUUGGAAGAUUUUUUAAAAGCAUGGUAUGAGUUUCCAGCGUGUUUCUUAAUUUAAAUUUAAAUUAUUCCUACAUUGUUUUUAAAAUGGCGCGUAUGUUGGCGGAUUAGAAUUUCAUGGCAUAUUGGGAAUAUUAAAUGGACUUAUCACAGAAUGAGUGCAGUACGAAAUGUUUGAUUUUAUCUCAUUCAAUAUUAUUAGAAACGCAUACAAAAGAUGACCUAGUUUAAUUACAUAUUGA